GGCGCCCUCGGACGGCCACCUCCGUCGCCACGGUCAGCCAUGUUGCUCCGUCGUAGUGGUCACAGAUGGCUACGUGAAAGUCAACAACCGGUCGACAGUUUAGCAUCACAGUCGGGAUAAUUACGUUACCGUGUCGUUAUCGGUGAUUUUCACAUUUUUCCCUUGAUCUCGCAACGAUAGUAUCGUGCAUUGUAACAUUUUUGCCGUAAUAUUUUUUUUCGUCCCGAUAUCGCGUCUCUUCCGUGCGGUUGUCGCGUCUCGUCGUUGUUCCGUUGUCCGACGACGUAUCCAAUCGUAAACGCCGAUCACGGGCAAGACGAUCGAGAAUGAGCACGAACAACGUACAGGCGCUUUUCGCAUGUUCCCGGUGUUUUUCCAGACAUCCCUUCGAGGAUCUCUCGCCCGGGCAACAAUUGUGCAAGGAAUGCAGAGGAGCAUUUCCAGUAGUAAAAUGUACAUACUGCAGAUCAGAAUUCCAGCAAACCAUAAAGGGUAACACAAGCACCAUAUGUAAAAAGUGUGAGCAAAAUGUAAAGUCCUAUGGGAAGCCGUCGGCUUGCGAAUACUGUAAUACCAUUGCUGCAUUUAUUGGUAGCAAAUGCCAGCGGUGUACAAAUUCAGAAAAACGCUAUGGACCGCCGGUUACUUGUGAGCAAUGCAAGCAGAAGUGUGCCUUUGAUAGACAGGAUGAGGAUAAGAAGGUAGAUGGCAAGUUAUUAUGUUGGCUGUGUACACUGUCAUAUAAACGUGCAUUGGCAAAGACAAAGCAAUCAGAUGCAGAGCGAAGAGCACAUAUGAAAUUGGCACAACAGCGGGCUGCGAAGCACAAAGAACAAAAAUUGAAAGGUCACAAUAAAAGACCGCAUAGAGUCGAUGUAACAAAAUUGCCGCCACAAUCCGAAGGCGGAGAUACGAAUGGUCCCACCCCUGUAAAAGCGGCGCGAAUGGCUGGUGUACACGAUCCGCACGAUCCAAAUAGCUCGGAUCACGUGGUAGCGGUCACGCAGCUCAAAGAAAAGAUCGCACAUCUUCAAAAGCAAAUCAGCAUAAAAGAAAGCCAAUUAUUAGCGAAAGAUAGACAAAUUACCGAACUGAAAGCAAAGAACUUCACGUCAGAAACGGAAUUGCGUAAUAAGAUGAAAGCAUCAGAAAAAGAGUACGAGACAAAAAUCUCCAACAUGCAGCACAAGAUAUCUAGUUUGCUGAAAGAAGUAGCAUCGUUAUCGAAAACGUCCAAACGAAAUGAUAGAGUAGCCGCUACGAAGACAGAAGCUGGGACCAACAGUGGAAGUGGAACGGACAGUCCCGUACCUUGAUAAGGUAGAAAAUUGGUUAGCUGUAACAACAUACUCAAAUGACCAUACCCAUAUAAAUCAUGUGAUUAUACAUUUAUGCAUAUAGUUAAUUGUUUCCAUUAACAAGACGAAAUUGUAUUAUUUUUCUAAUUACUAUAGAAAUGUAUAUUAUUCUCUCAAAAUGCAUUGGAGAAAGUACUCGCAUCUCCGUUUAGGGGAGAUUAAUGAUUUUGCAAAUGCAAAAUUUGUACAUGAUUUAGACAUAGUUUUCUUCCCUUUUAUUUUUUGGCAAUUGCUAAGUUUUGUGCGACUUUUUCGCCGGAGCUAGCGACUUUUAUGACAAAAGACUAGGGAAAUUUGAAUAAUAAAGAUUGAUUUUUUAUCACGAAGAGUCGUGUGAAAUCAUUGAGGAAACUUCGAAGCAAAUUUGAAUUGAUUAUGUCUAUAAACAAUAAGUGACAGUUGUGGCAUUUUAUUAUUUAUGAUGAUAAAUAAUGACGAUGAUGUAAACGAUGUGGAAUCAGAAUAGGGGGUGAUCUGUAGAUCAAUUUGCAAUAAAAUUUUAAAAAACUU